CAGACUGGUUAAAUAAUGGCAAUUCUUUGCAAUGAAGGUGUUCUUCCACCGCUCCAGGUCGGGAAAUAUUGUUGGACGAAAGCGUGCAAUAAAGCGGUGGAUUCCAGGUUGGGGGCGUCUAGGCAUAGCCGCGCGGCACAGCUGAUCCUCGGAGAGACCAGCGGCGGGACUAGGAGGCCGACGGGAGCGGUGGCCGCGCUGAAGAGGGCCAAGAUGGCGGCGGCGGCGGCUACGCUUCGCGGGGCAGUGGUGGGCCCGCGGGGCGCGGGGCUGCCGGGAGCGCGGGCCCGAGGUCUGCUGUGUGGCGCGCGGCCCGGGCAGCUCCCACUGCGGACACCCCAGGCAGUGUCCUUGUCAUCGAAGUCUGGCCUGUCCCGGGGCCGGAAAGUGAUUCUGUCAGCGCUGGGCAUGCUGGCGGCAGGGGGUGCAGGGCUGGCAGUGGCUCUGCAUUCUGCCGUGAGUGCUAGUGACCUGGAGCUGCACCCUCCCAGCUAUCCGUGGUCCCACCGUGGCCUCCUCUCCUCCCUGGAUCACACCAGCAUCCGGAGGGGUUUCCAGGUGUACAAGCAGGUGUGCUCCUCCUGCCACAGCAUGGACUACGUGGCCUACCGCCACCUGGUGGGCGUGUGCUACACAGAGGAUGAAGCCAAGGCACUGGCUGAGGAGGUGGAGGUUCAGGACGGCCCCAAUGAGGAUGGGGAGAUGUUCAUGCGCCCAGGGAAGCUGUCUGACUACUUCCCCAAACCAUACCCCAACCCUGAGGCUGCACGGGCAGCCAACAAUGGAGCACUGCCCCCUGACCUCAGCUACAUUGUGCGAGCUAGGCACGGUGGUGAGGACUACGUCUUUUCCUUGCUCACGGGCUACUGUGAGCCACCCACUGGAGUGUCGCUGCGAGAAGGCCUCUACUUCAACCCUUAUUUUGCCGGCCAGGCCAUUGGCAUGGCCCCUCCAAUCUACAAUGAGGUCUUGGAGUUUGAUGAUGGCACCCCAGCUACCAUGUCCCAGGUAGCCAAGGACGUGUGUACUUUCCUGCGCUGGGCAGCUGAACCAGAACACGACCAUCGCAAACGCAUGGGGCUCAAGAUGCUGCUGAUGAUGGGCUUGCUUCUGCCCCUGGUCUACGCCAUGAAGCGGCAUAAGUGGUCAGUCCUGAAGAGCCGAAAGCUGGCCUAUCGGCCGCCCAAGUGACCCUACCCAAUGUCUAUUUGCUGUCCUGAGCUUCAGAGUCCUCAAGCCUGGGAGCCACACUGGGCCUGUUGAGGUCUCAGGUGGCCCUCCUGGCCCAGCCCCUCUUCCUCUGGGACAAGAGGAGGAGGGGCAGGAGCUGGGGCUCCAGCCCCAGUUUUGUUCAGCGCCCACUGUGGAAAUAAAUUAAGUUUCUCAACACA